AGAUGCUUAUAUAUAAGCAAUACUAGUGUAGUGCUCCUCAGGUAAAAUCGUGUGAAGCUAAAAACCCAACAACAACAUUGAGUAUAAAUUUCUAGAACUUUCCUUCCUUUUCUCAUUCUGAAACCAUCCAAAAAUUCACCGAACAAACGAACGCCGCAGAAAACGAAGAAGACGAAAAAGGGUUACAAGAAAGUUCAGAAAAACUGACGAAGAGAAAGAGAGAAGAUCAACAACCUAACAUGGGUGUUGACUAUUACAAGCUUUUACAGGUUGAUAGGAACGCUAAAGAUGAUGACUUGAAGAAAGCUUACAGAAAACUUGCCAUGAAAUGGCAUCCAGAUAAAAACCCUAAUAACAAGAAAGAAGCUGAAGCCAAAUUCAAGCAAAUCUCAGAAGCUUAUGAUGUUUUGAGUGAUUCUCAGAAGAGAGCUGUUUAUGAUCAAUAUGGUGAAGAUGGGUUAAAGGGUCAAAUGCCACCACCACCUGAAGCUUCUGCUAGUGGUGGUGGAAGUACUUACUAUACUCAUGCUGAUUAUCCGCAUCGGUUCAGUCCUCGGAAUCCUGAUGAUAUUUUUGCUGAGUUUUUUGGUGUUUCAAGUCCCUUUAGUGGUAUGAUGGGAGGAAUGGGAAGAGGUGGUGGUGGUGGAAUGGGAGGAAGGUUUCCUAAUGACCAGUUUGCUGAGGGAAUAUUUAGAUCCUUUAGGGAUGGAGGAGGAAGUGGAGGCUCUGUGAAUCAAGGUCCUCCUCCCCCUCCUCGUAAGGCGCCUCCUAUUGAGAACAAAUUGCAUUGCACUCUUGAGGAUAUAUAUAAAGGGACUACUAAGAAGAUGAAGAUCACCAGAGAAGUUUUUGAUGCUAAUGGCAAAACCAUGAAUUUGGAUGAGAUCUUGACGAUUAAUAUCAAACCUGGCUGGAAGAAGGGUACAAAGAUCACCUUUCCCGAGAAGGGAAACGAACAUCCUAAUACUAUACCUGCAGACAUUGUUUUCAUUGUCGAGGAAAAGCCACACAGUGUCUUCACUCGUGAAGGAAAUGAUCUGAUUGUUACUCAGAAGAUCACCCUUGCAGAAGCCUUAACUGGUUGUACAGUGAAUCUCACUACCCUUGAUGGUAGAAACUUGACUGUAGUGAUCAACAAUGUUGCUCAUCCUGAGUAUGAGGAGAUUGUUCCAAGAGAAGGAAUGCCGCUCCCAAAGGAUCCAACAAAGAAGGGAAACUUGAGGAUAAAGUUUGACAUCAAAUUCCCAACUCGGCUCACUGCAGAACAGAAGGCGGGAAUGAAGAAACUCUUGGCUGCAUAAAGUAAGAUAUUAAUUGUGGCACAACUUUUGGGGCUAGUUUACAUGAACAAAAUGUAUAUUAGAUUACCAUAAUCUUUGACAGGAGGCUAUUGGGAAAUUUGGUUAUUUUUAAUAUAGAAUAUUAUUAUUACUCAGUAUAGUGGUCUAAUUUUUUGGUUGUGAUA